AUUUUUUUUAGAUUAUAAUAUGAGAAUGGAUUAAGACAGAUAGCCCUUGAUUAUUAUGGUGGUAAUAUGCUUACAUUGAUUGCUUUUUGUAGAUGGUUGUUCUGGAAGGAGAAGAUUUUGUCACUAAAGAAGACCCCAGAGUCAACACCUUCAACUCCCGAUGGUGGAGAUGCACCAGUUGUUGCAGCAGUAGCAGCUGUAGCUAUCGAACCAGAUGAUCCAACCAUUCCAACUGACGAUGGAGGAAGCUCAGAUGAUGAAAAUACUCUCAAAGAUGAUGAAAGUCAGAAUGGAGAUGAAGAGGAAUCCAAGAAAGAUGAGGAUGAUGUCGACAAAGACGAUGACAAAGAUUCAAAGAACGAUGAUGAUGACGGUACAGAAGAUGGUGAUGAAGACGAAUCCAAGAAGGAUGAAGAUGAGAAAGAGGACGACGAAGAAGAGGACGAAGAUGAAGACGAUGACAAAGAUUCAAAGAACGAUGAUGAUGACGGUACAGAAGAUGGUGAUGAAGACGAAUCCAAGAAGGAUGAAGACGAGAAAGAUGACGACGAAGAAGAUGACGAAGACGAUGAAAAUGAAUCGAAGAAAGAAGAGGAUGACGAGGAUGAAGAUGACGACGAGGACGAUGAUGAAGACGACGAAGAUAAAGACGAGGAUGACGACGAGGAUGAAGACGAGGAUGAGGAUGAAGGUGAGGAUGAAGACGAGGACGAUGAUGAUGAUGAUGAGGACGAUGACGAGAAAGAUUCAAAAAAAGAUGACGACGACGAAGAUGACGACGAGGAUGAUGAGGAUGACGAGGACGACGAUGAAGACGAGGACGAUGAUGACGACGAUGAGGAUGAAGAUGACGACGAAGAUGACGAAGAGGAUGACAAAGAUGAUAAAAAAGAUGACAAAAAGGAUGGCAAAAAAGGAAAGAAAUAGGACACUAGUAAACUAAACUUUGUUAUUAUCGCUGAUUAAUCGGUGCCUGUCUUAUAUCCGAUAUCUAAAGAAAACCAUGGCUUAAUUUGAUUUGUGCCUUUUGGUAUAGUUUAUUAUACAAUCCAUAAUGUAAUUGUAAACGAUUUCCAAAUGUGAAUGUGAUGAUUAUUUGUACAGUUUAUCUUUAUUUGGAACUUUCAUUGUAUGAUAACGAAUGACGAGAUAUAAGGUAAACGAGAUAUGCAAUGUUGUUAUUUCGAAAGUCCAUCUAUUGCAUCAUGUUUCUAGCCCCGUCUUUAACCCACCCUGUCUACUUCACAUUUUGUGGAGGUUGAAUGUGUCUGGGGAAGGAGGCUUAACAAUUGUUUUGAGGAAGAUAAUAAUGACCUCAAAAGUUCUGUCUCAUCUUGUGUUCUUACCACUUUAGAAGUCGACGAUGCUGUCUUGCUUAUCAUCUGUGAAGACAUUUUGAUUUUAGACAUUUUUAAUUACAGUGUCAACAUAAUUGAAUCCUAUUGAUAAUGUUACAUGUAUGUGAAGAGGUUAUAAAAUGGUUCAUUCUUCAUAUUGUGUUUAUACUCAAGUGAGUAUGUAAUUAUGUUCACAAGUAACCAUAUAUUGCUAACACGUUAAUGUAGCUCCUUAUAAGGUAUUUGCACUCGUAUAUGAUAUCCUUAUAAGGAAGAACAAUUAGUCCAGAGCUCUAAAUAAAAAUACCCGUUUGACGGAAGUAAUGUAUCGUAUUAGGAUGGGGUUAUCGAAUAGUUUUAAGUUUUAUUGUAGUUUUAUGUCACCAUCAGAAGUUGUUGAUAUAGUCUCCAACUUUUUUUGUGGAUAGUGUUCGGAGUUUGGCGUCUGUAACAAUUUGCAAUAACUUUUAAAGUGGUGACAUUUUGUCAUGUUAAUGCCUUUAUUUUAUUACUGUAAUAUAGGAUCACAGAAUGCAUUAAAUGUUAUUCUGACAUAUACACAAUCCAAUACUCAAUAUUACCUGCACGAUAUUUCGUAGAUUACAUACGUUCAAACAAAAUGCAUAAUACUAAUAUAUACGUUUUAGUAAUUUAUUUAAAGUCUCAUUGCUGUAUAAUAGUCCUCGGACCCCUGCCAGAUUUUCUUCCUCUGGUCUCUGUCGUUAUAAUAAUUUUGCAAUCUUUAAACUGACAUAACUGCUAUGAGAAAAUAUCUGGCCGGGGAUCUGUGUGAUAAUGCAUAAUAUUUUCAUGUUAUAUUAUCUAUUUUUUAAAAAGUUGGUAGAUGUAUAUUUGUUAUAUUAUCAAUUAAUUAUAUUUUCAAAUGUAGAGCUGAUAUAGGCCUAUAGAUUAGUUAUAUAGUGAAUGAGUUCUAGGCUUUUAGAUGUCUCAACCACCAAACAUUUCAGAAUCGCACAUGCUUUCCAUGCAUGGAUGUUGAAAUCAAUUAUGACCACUUGGUCGCCUUGCUCGAUAAAAUAUGAAAAUGUCCGCCUAUUGUAUUAUGCAUACAUCGUCAAACAUCGUUGGAAGCAAAAACGUCCGAUCAUACCAUGAGCUCCUCGCGGUAUCAUGAAUAUGCGAGGGGCCUUAUCAUAUCUAUCAAUUGUUAUGAAUUACUUAAAAUAUUGUAUCGUGCGGAGAAGACCCUCACAAAAUUAUCAUAUCUCGAGCAGUUUACGGUAUGAUCAGGUAUAAAUAUGCCAUUUACCUGUGACUAACCCAUGUCCUGAAAAGGACAUACACCAAUGGGAUUGUCAUGUAGAUAUAUUCGUUAAACCAGUGUAUUCAUUCAAUGAUAUUAUGAAUAACCGUGACGGAAACUGAGUUGAGACGUUUAAUACGCAUCUUUUUGUAGAGAAUUUUUUAGCAGCUAUCCUCCUGAUUAUAUACAUGAAGGAGAACAGCAUAUUUUGUAAGCUGUGACAUUCUUUAAAAUUAUAAUACAUUAUUUUAGCAUAAUUACAAAA